GUUCCCAGGCUUCAUAACUGCUCACCGGCUGGAGUCGCUGGCGGGUUGCCGGGUGCGUCAGUUACCGCCGCCCCGGUGUCGUCGGAGGCUGCAGGUUUGCGGGUUUGAACCGCUUGUGCUAAGAUCCGUGUAUCACCAAUAAUGAGACUUGUGAUUCUUGAUAACUAUGACUUGGCCAGUGAAUGGGCAGCCAAGUACAUCUGCAAUUGCAUCGUUAAGUUCAAACCUGGACAAGACAGGUAUUUUUCACUGGGCUUACCAACAGGAAGCACGCCUUUAGGAUGUUAUAAAAAACUAAUAGAAUAUCACAAGAGUGGAAACCUCUCAUUUAAAUAUGUGAAGACUUUUAACAUGGAUGAAUAUGUAGGACUUCCAAGAAAUCAUCCUGAAAGCUACCAUUCUUAUAUGUGGAAUAACUUUUUUAAGCAUGUUGAUAUAGAUCCUAACAAUGCUCACAUCCUUGAUGGGAAUGCCGAAGAUCUGCAAGCAGAAUGUGAUGCAUUUGAAGAGAAAAUAAAAGAAGCCGGAGGAAUAGAUCUUUUUGUUGGAGGAAUAGGUCCAGAUGGUCAUAUUGCUUUCAAUGAGCCAGGAUCCAGUUUAGUUUCGAGAACAAGAUUAAAGACCCUAGCUAUGGACACCAUUUUGGCAAAUGCUAAAUAUUUUGAUGGAGACUUAUCUAAAGUACCAACCAUGGCUUUAACUGUUGGUGUGGGGACAGUGAUGGAUGCUAGGGAGGUGAUGAUUCUUAUAACAGGUGCACACAAGGCAUUUGCCCUGUACAAAGCCAUCGAGGAGGGAGUCAAUCACAUGUGGACUGUUUCAGCUUUCCAACAGCAUCCCCGAACGAUUUUUGUCUGUGAUGAAGAUGCUACUUUAGAAUUAAGAGUUAAAACUGUGAAGUACUUUAAAGGGUUAAUGCAUGUGCACAAUAAACUUGUGGAGCCACUCUACAGUAUGAAAGAAGAAAACUGAAGGAAACUGGAGCAAAGUUCUGCUUGCAAAAGAACCUUUUCUUACUAGAUGAAUUUUCAGCUUAUGCAAUACGAUAAAAAUGGGAACUAUAAAAACAUUUAAAUAGAAAAAAGAACAGCGUGUAUUAAACAUUCCAUAUUUAGAAUGUGUCUGUUUUACACUAGGGUCUAGAACCAAGUGGAUUCCCAAGUGGGGAUUUAUAAAGUAUAGAAGCUAUAUAGCUACCUAUAGCAUAGCAGCAAAAUGUCUGCAUUUAAGAGAUUCUUCACAGGUAUUGUCAGUGACUUAAUCUCUGACUUAUUUACAAGAAGGCACUCCAACCCUUUCCAGUGUCAUAGAAGCCUUCACUUUUGGAAUGUAUUUUUUGUGCAUCACACACAUGCUUGUGCCUGUAGUUGCCUUAGUCAUCUUUCUGCAGUGGUUCUGGACAUCAGAAGUCCUGCCAUUCACUAACCAAGGAAAUCUGAAGAGAUGACAGUGUCCCGCAGUAGUUUACAUCCUUUCAGAAAGGAUCUGUAAGUGCAUGCUUCUAUGCACCUUCCUAUGUAGGACUUUUCUACACAUAUGCUUAUUUUUAUUUAAUGACUUGGAUCAGUGCCCUUAAUAUUGGCAGGUAUCAGCUUUAUACUUAGCUAUAAGGAAUUCCUUUUGAAGAACAUUUUCUGAUUAUUGUUAAAUUUUAUAAAUCAUCCUUAUAUAUGUCUAAAGAAAUAAUUACUGUAAAUGUUUAAAUUGCAAAAAAACUUGUAUAAUUAAGUUGCAAAUAAAAAUAUUGUUUUCUACCUUUAACUCAAA